AAUGGGUUGGUAACGGAAUUAGGAAGCCGGGGCGCAGGGAUUUGAGGCGACAGCCCUAGCACCGCCCUCAGGCGGAGGGUGACGCGACCGGGGCCAGGCUUCCGCUGUGCUUGGUCCUCCUGCUCCAGCCGCCAGGGCGGGGAGACGGCCGCUCCGUCACCUCACGUGACAGCCUCGCGCCCGCGCCGUCGCCGUCGCCUUGGAGACUGGAAGCAGCCGCGCUUCCUUCGCACGCUGCGGGCCCAGGCGCGCCCGCUAGUAACCGCCGCCUCGCGCCGCCAGGGGAUGCGGCCCCCGGCGCCAUGCUCUGGAGUAAAGGCAUCAGCGGGCUCGGCGCUGCCGCCGCCGCCGCCGCCGCGGGGACCGGCCGCCUGCGCCAUUGCGGCCCGCGCGGGGACCGGGACUUAAGCAUCUCUGCGGCAUCAUCUUUACAAACUCACAGUGUCAAGGGGAAAUUUUCCUUAUCGGGGAGUAGAAAGCUAUUCUUUGACACCCAUGCUCUAGUGUGCCUGUUGGAAGAAAAUGGGUUCACUACUCAGCAAUCAGAGAUCAUUGUAUCCGCGUUAGUGAAAAUUAUGAACACCAACAUGGAUGUGAUUUACAAGGACAUGGUCACCAAAGUACAGCAGGAAAUCACUCUUCAGCAAAUAAUGUCUCAUAUUGGUGGUGUGAAAAAGGAUAUGAUUAUUUUAGAAAAGAGUGAAUUUUCAGCACUCCGAGCUGAAAAUGAGAAAAUAAAACUUGAACUCUAUCUGCUAAAGAAGCAAGUAAUGGAUGAAGUUACCAAAGUUCGUGCAGAUAACAAAUUAGGCUUCAAUCUGGAGAAGAGCAGAGUAAAAGAACUGUAUUCAAUUAAUGAAAAAAAACUGCUGGAAAUAAGGACAGAAAUAGUGGCAAUGCAUGCACAACAAGACCGAGCUCUAACUCAAACAGAUAGGAAAAUAGACACAGAAGUUGCAGGACUGAAAACCAUGUUGGAAUCACACAAACUUGAUAAUAUUAAAUACUUAGCAGGUUCAGUAUUUACAUGUCUUACUGUAGCACUGGGAUUUUAUCGUCUGUGGAUAUAAUAAAGCAUCUGUUUAAAAGAACUUGUGCCUCUCUUGCCUUAUGAAAAUCAAGGAUGUUUUCUCCAGGCUUCAAGAAUUCAGUAUUCACUUUAAAGCGAGUCGAUACUAUUUUAUUUAUAGUUAUUUUUUAAAAUAAUCUAUAUUGAAAAUGUAACCAAAAUGUGCCUGGGAAUAAAUAUAGGGAGAAGAUUACCUCUGGUACAAACCAGGCAUAGUCGACACAGCUCUGCCAAGUCCCCUCAAUCUUGACCGGCAACAUCCUUUUCCUAUUGUAAUUUUAGAGCCUACGUUAAGCAGACUGCACGUUAUACCAAAUGGUGUAGUGACUGUGUGAUGUGUCAAAGAAUCCACUAGGAAUUAUAUGCCAGACUCUGCCAAGAUAUGCAUGUGCAAUAGCAGUUAUAUGUAUCAGAACAGAAUUUGGUCAUACAUUUAAAAUCUCCAAAUGUAUUUAAUUAGUGAUCUUAUGGAAAUUUUGGACCUAGCCUUUGGAGUGAAACACUACUGGAUUAAUGCACAGCCCACACACUUCCUCUUUGUUAAUAAAAUGUAUUCAUAUAUUGUAAAGAAAUAUUUUUUCUAUCUGUUAUACUAAUUUUUACAGUGUUGUUUGCAUCAUGGUUUGUUUUCCAAGUUGCCGUCCAAACAAACAAUUAUGUUUCAUGAAAAAGUGUUGUGUAACGAAACAGUGUCUCUAAGACCUCUUUGUUUUUUUACGUAGCAUUUUAAGAACUCACAUUUAGGACACACAAGGUUCUGAAACUCAUUGCACAUGCUAAUUGUAAAUUUUGUACUAAAGCUGGAAUAGAUGUUUGAAGAGCAGUAAGAUCUAAUAGCUGAUAUUAAUCUCUUCUGCAAGCCUAUAUAGAGAUACAAACUGCUCUCUGUCACUGCUUGAUUGAUAGAAGAGAACUGCUUCUUUUACUCUUGAGGUGAGAAUUAAAGCUGAUUAGUUCUCUUCUAGGGAGGAAAGAGCAAUUGGCUAUCACUUACUAGAGUGACAGCCUUAGGGCUGUGAUCACUAAGGGAAUGUCUACACUAGCCAUUUCCCCAAAAGUUUCCCACUGGUUCUACAAAUGGUACAGCUCCUCUACUGGUAGCAAUGGUAGGAGCACUAAUGUAGACUAUCCACUGUUUAAUCCUGCACAGAGCAAGGCCAUAUGGAAUGGUAGUUACAAUAUCAAUGCCUUCUCUACAUUAAUGCUUCCACUAAUGGUAGCA